GAAUGGGAGCUGGUGGUGCUGGGGAAGUUGAAGUGGAACCUCGCAGCCGUCACCCCACAUGAUUUCAUUGAACACAUCCUAAGGAAGCUGCCUCUACCUAAAGACAAGUUGCUUUUGAUCCGGAAGCAUGCACAAACAUUCAUUGCCCUUUGUGCCACAGAUUUUAACUUUGCCAUGUACCCACCAUCAAUGAUAGCAACUGGAAGUGUGGGAGCAGCCAUCUGUGGCCUUCAGCUCGAUGACGGCGACAGCCUCACGGACCUCCUGGCCAAGAUCACAAACACAGAUGUGGUGAGUGUCCCACAUUCCUCUUCUCCUUUCACUUCUGAGGGUGUGGUGGAGAACCAGGCCAUCAAACCUGGCCUGAUCCUGAGAGCGAAGGAGAGGGGUGCUCCCGGAGCGAGCAGGUUGCAGGCAUGGACCCUGCACCUUGGUUGCGCUGCUUUGAAUGUUCAAAUCUCCUUGGCCUCCCAGGAUCAGUUUUCAUUCACGCUUUGUACAGCCACCUUGGGUACCACCCCGGAUGAUGGGGCAAGCAGGCAGACAGCAUCCCCCGGGGCAUAA